AUGUUAAAAAAAUAUGAAUUAAAAGGAGUUAUGAAUAUAUUAAAUAAAAAAUUAUGCAAUAACAAGUCCCGUAACGAUAUCAUACAAGCAUAUACGUAUAUACAAAAACGUUUUAACAAUGGAUCUAUAAAUAAAGAAUUUGAAAUGAAAAAACAAGUUGAACAAAUUAAUAAAGUAAAUGGAGAAGUGGUAAAAAGAAAAAAAAAAUUCUCCAUAUUUCGUUACAACCCAACAAAUAAGAAAAGACCACAAAUGGAGACAUUUGAAGUUGAUAUAGAUAAUUGUGGUCCUAUGGUUUUAGAUGUUUUAAUAAAAAUAAAAGAUGAAAUUGAUUCAACAUUAUCCUUUAGAAGAAGUUGUAGAGAAGGUAUAUGUGGAAGUUGUGCUAUGAAUAUUAAUGGAAAAAAUGGUUUGGCUUGUUUAACUGAAGUUAAUAGAGAUAAAAAAGAAAUUACUGAAAUACAACCAUUACCAAAUUUAUAUGUAAUGAAAGAUUUAGUACCUGAUUUAACCAACUUUUAUAAUCAAUAUAAAUCUAUUGAUCCAUGGUUAAAAAGAAAGACGAAAAAAGAAAAAGGACAAAAGGAAUUUUAUCAAUCUAUUGAAGAUAGGAAAAAAUUGGAUGGACUUUAUGAAUGUAUUAUGUGUGCUUCAUGUUCAACAUCAUGCCCAUCUUAUUGGUGGAAUCCAGAAUAUUAUUUAGGACCAGCCACCUUAAUGCAAGCAUAUAGGUGGAUUGUAGAUAGUAGAGAUGAAUAUACAAAAGAAAGAUUAAUGGAAGUUAAUGACACUAUGAAAUUAUAUAGAUGCCAUGGUAUUAUGAAUUGUACUAUGUGUUGUCCAAAAGGUUUAGAUCCAGCCAAAGCUAUAAAAGAUAUGAAAAAUUUAGUUCAAGAAAAUUUCUCCGAAGAUACCAUUAAAGAACAUUCUCAAUACAUAAAAAGUAAAAUGGAAAAAACAAAAUGA